AGUGAAUUUUGCCGGACCUUGGUGUUUUCUCCUCCGAACGAUCCAAAUCUUUUGCUCAUAUACACUUUGCCGGACGAAUCUCGGUAUCCCGGUCUACCCAGCUCUCCCUCUUCCGACUUCGAUCCUCUCAGCCACAGGUCUCUUUUUGCGAAGCUUUCUGGUGCUAUCGACCUUUCUACUGGGCACAGACUUCGCUUGCCAAGCUCCAAAUCUUCUUUUGACGAUAACACUGACCAAUUGGCUUCGACAGAGGUUUAG